UGUCAAACUACUUGCUGUUAGUUCUUGAUCGUUACAUGUGAUGCACCCUUAGUAUUUUGAAGCUACUGCAUGCUCAUGUCUUAGCACCCACCACUUUGUCAACAAAUCGUGCCUUCUUGUCAGUCAUAUGCUUGUAUGUCAUAGUUGGUGCUGCGUCAUUUGAGUUAUUAUACUCAGUAUCCAAGUACAAUAGCCACUUAAUGGCCUUCCAUCUAUGAUCCAAUAGUUAAGCAAGUAGUUGUAGGAUGUGCACAUGAUAAGAUAAUGUUAUAUGUUUCAUUGAGCAUAUUUUUAUGUGAAUGAUGGUUAUUGUGUUCCCUGAGUUCUAAAACAAAUUAUCCCUGAAAUAAUAAAAAUUAUGUUCUUUGGCACAAGUCACUUAUCCGUUUAGUUCUGCAGUAAUAUUCCUUGCAUGAAUAAUAACAAUUCCCAUUUGACAGUGAAUUAUGUUGAUAUAUUAUUUACUACUCCCUCCGUCCCAAAAUAAGUGACUCAACUUUGUACUAGCUUUGGUACAAAGUUAGUACAAGCUAGUACAAAGUUGAGUCACUCAUUUUGGGAUGGAGUACUAUUUGGAUCAUUUGUUUUAUUAGUGUGUGGGUGUACCAUUGUUUAUUUCUCUGAAUUGUGCUGAUUUUGGCAGACUACAUGUUCAGAUAUGAAUGUGUGAAGCAUUGGAUCCCAAGAACUCCAAAAUGCCAGAAGGCCUUGAAUGGACCAGUAUCAGGAAGGGGAGACCCUCCUGAGAAGCUCCAUCAAGAAUGCCUCAUUCACGCGCUUCCUCAGAGACCCUUUGCCUGCCAUGUAGAUGGUUGCCCUUUCAGCUAUAGCAGGAAGGACCAUUUGAACCGCCAUCUGCUUACUCAUCAAGGAAAACUAUUCAUGUGCCCUAUGGAAGGAUGCAACCGUAAGUUCAGUAUCAAGGGUAAUAUCCAGAGACAUGUUGAGGAAUUUCACGAGGAUGGCCCUCAGUGUGGAGGCAAGAAAGAGUUCAUCUGCCCAGAGGCUAACUGUGGGAAGGUGUUCAAAUAUGCUUCCAAGCUACAGAAACACGAGGAAUCACAUGUCAACUUGGAUUACACUGAAGUUAUCUGCUGCGAACCAGGCUGCAUGAAGACUUUUACUAAUGUGGAAUGCCUCAAGGCCCAUAACCAAUCGUGUCAUCAGUAUGUUCAGUGUGAUAUCUGUGACACUAAACAGCUUAAGAAGAACUUCAAGCGGCAUCAGCGAAUGCAUGAAGGUUCGUUUGUCACUGAGAGGAUUAAAUGCAACUUCAAGGAUUGCAAGCGCUCAUUUUCAAAGAAAUCCAAUUUGCACAAGCAUAUUAAGGCAGUUCAUGAGCAGAGUAGACCUUUCACAUGUGGAUUCUCUGGGUGCGGCCAGAAGUUUUCAUACAAGCAUGUAAGGGACAAUCAUGAGAAAUCUAGUGUUCACGUGCUUUUUGAGGGCGAUUUUGUGGAGGCUGAUGAGCAACUUCGACCUCAUCCAGGUGGCCGCAAGAGGAAGCCCAUUUCAGUCGAUACUUUUAUGCGGAAGAGGGUAGCUGCUCCUGAUGCUCCGCCUGCUUGCAGUGAUGGAACUGAGUAUCUGAGAUGGCUUUUGUCAGGUUGAUUUGUCCUGAACUGGAGGAAAUAUGCUAUGUUCUUUCGGAUGAUCGAGCAUUCUUCUGUACUUUGAAGUGUCCGCAUUAUUAUUGUCAAUGUUAUGUAUGUAGGAGUGUGCAUGUAUGUAUGUAUGUAUGUAUAGCUAAAGGAAAUAGAUUGGCAAUAACAGUAUGUACUGUGUGUCAAAUAGGGUAGCAAUUGGCAAGCAAGUCCUUUUUCUCUUGUUCAACUGUAUGAAAUAUGAAUAAAUGAAGAUGCGGCUUCCACUUAA